GCAUAUGGGCGGAGAUUGCUGUCCCCACUGCGAUUCUGGUGGAUAAGAUUUAAGGAGAAAGAAAGAACACAACCAUCUUCUCAUUUCCAAUUACAAUAUGCUCAUAUCCACUUCAAACUUAGCUCACAUCAAAUCCCAUCGCAAAAAUGGACGUCGCCAUGUCUCUCAACGCUCUGGUUCGACUUCCCCUUUCCAAUUCCAAGCUACACGAAGAUGGGUUGGUCCGCCACUCUCUCUUCUCUGCAAGGACGAUGCACAAGCUUGAGCACACUUAUCGCCGGGCUUUCGUCGUCGAAGCCAAAGGCAAAAAAGGGAUGCAAUCUCGUCUGUCUCAAAGACCUGGCCCUCCUCCGCUGCCCAAGAUUGAAGACGAUGGCAACCCUAAAUUCGUUAUCUUCAUCCGUAUGGCCAAUGUCUAUUUAUGGUACCCGCUGAGUCUUAUAAAUGGUGGCACAACCGCCAAAAUCAUGGUUGCUGCAAAAGAUAAUUUUCUUGGGAAAUAUAUCUAUAAAGAUACUCUGGCUAGGAACCUUGCCGCUGUUAUUUACCGUGAUGAAAAGGAGAUACAAAAGACGGCAUUUAAACAGUUUCGUGUGUUGCGGACAGCAACAGAGUUCAGAUAUGGCUACAAGCUUGUUGAAAAUGGCAAUUUGAGAUCCGCACUUUCUACCACAGAUGUAAUUGAGCUUCCAACUCAAGACCAGCUGAAGACAGUUCUCGAUAAAGUUAAAGACUUCUUUGGAGAUGCAAAGGAAUCAUUUGGCAAACUCACUGCACUAGGCUCACCCGAAGGCGAAGAGGCAGACGAUAACUCUACAGAGAAGGCCAAGGUUAAAACUUGAGAGUGAAGUGGUCAUUUUACCGGAAAGUGCAGCAGCACAGAGAACAUUUAAACUCGAGCUUUGGAAGGUACAUAGAAGGGUGGAGUAGCAAGGCUUUUUUGGCAUCCAAAAUGUACGUAGCUGAAAAAUUAGGGAGCUUUACACGUUAUUUUCGAUGAAGAUACGGCAGGGUAUUGUACACAAGUUUCACUGAUGGUUUUUGUUCACAAAUCUUGUUUUCCUUUUCCUGAUAUGCUUCCUUCAUUUAUUUGAAUGGAAAGACACUCUUCAUUCUUUCACAUAUUGCAAUGGCCAUGAUCUUGUCUUGUAA